AUGGGAAAUUUUAUUCUCGGUGCAAUGUAUGCCAUUUUGUUUCUCACUUUCAUCCCCCUAACUUUCUCUGUUAAAGCCGGUGCCUCGUCUGUUGGAGAGGCUAGCACUGUGCCCAAGGAGGUGAGGAUGGGUGUAACGGCAGUAAAUGUUAAACGUUCUAAACAAUCAAACAAAGAACAGGAAGAUCAAACCUCUACUGUUAAUGUAGAAUCAUCAGACACUAUUGACAUUCAAGAUAGUUCUACUCUUACAGCUAGCACAUUGGAAACCAAGGAAAUUAAGUUACCUUCUAAACCAUGCGUUGCUACUACAGAAAUAAAACAAAUAAGAAACAUUAAACAAGACAUCAGUGAAAGUGAUAAGGCAUUAAUGAUAGAGGUAAUGGAGGACCUUUUAGGUAGUGACAACGAGGAAGAUACUGACACAGUCAAAAUGACUGCUGUGGAUGAUGGUUUGCAGCCAAAGUUGCCUUCUGAGCCAUGUAUGACAUCAGUCACUGUGACAACGGAAGAUACGACUACCGUAGGAACAUCUGUGGAUGGAGAUGAAUUGGCUACAACUAAAGAUGAAAAGGGACCAGAUUUAUCUGACUCUGAUAAGAAGUUAAUGACAGAGGUGUUGUCUGAGUUGAUUGAUGAUACAUCUGACGAUGGAACCACAGCACAACAAGAUGAUAUAAAAGUCACAACAGAAGUUACAAUUACAACAACCGAACAAAUUACUACUAACGUUGAAGUAGCCAGCGGUAUAGGGUUGACUGAGACACAAACAUUUACACAAGAUGAAACAGCCCCUAUAGAAACUGCGCAAGAGGCAGUUGAAACACCACCAGAAAUUCCCUCUGACCAAGAAAAAGAUGAGGAGCAAGAGGUUUCAGCAAGAAUAUCUAAAAUGGGGAGCAUUAAUUUUGACGAUGGAGACAUCACACAAUCAACAGUUGUUGUUGAAACUACAAAAACAACAAGUACAACAAAGGAACUCAUAAAUGACACUGUAGAUGCAAAAAUUGACAACAUUGAACCAGAAGAAAAGGAGAUUACAGCAGAUGUCCAACAGGAGCUUCUUUCCCAACAAAACGUAGUGGAGGUCAAAAUGAUUGAAGUUCAGCAAGAAAUAUCUGAAAUAAAAGAAGCAAAAGCAGGUGACAUAAAAGAUGAAACAGUUGAUGUUGAAACUACAAAAACAACAAUUACAACUAAGGAACUCAUAAAUGACACUGUAGAUGUGAAAAUUGACAACAUUGAACCAGAAGAAAAGGAGAUUACAGCAGAUGUCCAACAGGAGCUUCUUUCCCAACAAAAUGUAGUGGAGGUCAAAAUGAUUGAAGUUCAGCAAGAAAUAUCUGAAAUAAAAGAAGCAAAAGCAGGUGACACAAAAGAUGGAACAGUUGAUGUUGAAACUACAAAAACAACAAUUACAACUAAGGAACUCAUAAAUGACACUGUAGAUGCGAAAACUGACAGCAUUGAACCAGAAGAAAAGGAGAUUACAGCAACUGUUCAACAGGAGCUUCUUUCCCAACAAAACGUAGUGGAGGUCAAAAUGAUUGAAGUUCAGCAAGAAAUAUCUGAAAUAAAAGAAGCAAAAGCAGGUGACAUAAAAGAUGGAACAGUUGAUGUUGACACUACAAAAACAACAAUUACAACUAAGAAACUCAUAAAUGACACUGUAGAUGCGAAAAUUGACAACAUUGAACCAGAAGAAAAGGAGAUUACACCAGAUGUUCAACAGGAGCUUCUUUCCCAACAAAACGUAGUAGAGGUCAAAAUGAUGGAAGUUCAGCAAGAAAUAUCUGAAAUAAAAGAAGCAAAAGCAGGUGACACAAAAGAUGGAACAGUUGAUGUUGAAACUACAAAAACAACAAGUACAACAAAGGAACUCAUAAAUGACACUGUAGAUGCAAAAAUUGACAACAUUGAACCAGAAGAAAAGGAGAUUACAGCAGAUGUCCAACAGGAGCUGCUUUCCCAACAAAACGGAGUGGAGGUCAACAUGAUUGAAGUUCAGCAAGAAAUAUCUGAAAUAAAAGAAGCAAAAGCAGGUGACGUAAAGGAUGGAACAGUUGAUGUUGAAACUACAAAAACAACAAUUUCAACUAAGGAACUCAUAAAUGACACUGUAGAUGUGAAAAUUGACAACAUUGAACCAGAAGAAAAGGAGAUUGCAGCAGAUGUCCAACAGGAGCUUCUUUCCCAACAAAACGUAGUGGAGGUCAAAAUGAUUGAAGUUCAGCAAGAAAUAUCUGAAAUAAAAGAAGCAAAAGCAGGUGACAUAAAAGAUGGAACACUUGAUGUUGAAACUACAAAAACAACAAUUACAGCCAAGGAACUCAUAAAUGACACUGUAGAUGCGAAAAUUGACAACAUUGAACCAGAAGAAAAGGAGAUUACAGCAGAUGUCCAACAGGAGCUUCUUUCCCAACAAAACGUAGUGGAGGUCAAAAUGAUUGAAGUUCAGCAAGAAAUAUCUGAAAUAAAAGAAGCAAAAGCAGGUGACAUAAAAGAUGGAACAGAUGAUGUUGAAACUACAAAAACAACAAUUACAACUAAGGAACUCAUAAAUGACACUGUAGAUGCGAAAAUUGACAACAUUGAACCAGAAGAAAAGGAGAUUACAGCAGAUGUCCAACAGGAGCUUCUUUCCCAACAAAACGUAGUGGAGGUCAAAAUGAUGGAAGUUCAGCAAGAAAUAUCUGAAAUAAACGAAGCAAAAGCAGGUGACAUAAAAGAUGGAACAGAUGAUGUUGAAACUACAAAAACAACAAUUACAACUAAGGAACUCAUAAAUGACACUGUAGAUGCGAAAAUUGACAACAUUGAACCAGAAGAAAAGGAGAUUACAGCAGAUGUUCAACAGGAGCUUCUUUCCCAACAAAACGUAGUGGAGGUCAAAAUGAUGGAAUUUCGGCAAGAAAUAUCUGAUAUAAAAGAAGCAAAAGCAGGUGACAUAAAAGAUGUCAAUAAUACCGAUCAGGAAAAGUCAGAAACAGAAAUAAUUUCUAGUACAACUGCCGUUACCCGACUAAGUGAGGAAGACAAGGAUUUAAUGAAGAAAGUUAUGGGAGAUCUAAUUGGUGAGGACGAUGAGGAAACACAAACCAUCAAGGGAAUAAAAAAAGAAAAUGUCACAAAAGAAACGAUUACAAUUACAACAUCAGAAGUUACUCAGACAAAUGAUGACGACAAUGAACUUAUGAAAGAGGUCAUGGAUGACCUUAUCAACAAAACUGAUGCAUCUGAAGAAAAAGCGCAAAUAGACGAGCAAACAAAAGUAGAAAGACAAGAAGAUUCUACAUUAACUAAGACUACCACUACAACGGUAAUAACAACCGAAGUUACAGAGACAACUUCUGAUCAAACAGAGCAACUCAACAUUGCGCCAGAGGUUGAGAUCACACCUACAACAGCUACAGACCUAAGCGGGACAGUCAUAACAACAACAAUGACAACACUACACAGCAAAGACCGCAUCGAGGCUGAGCAGUCGGAAAAAAAUAUGAAUAAAGAAGACGAAGCUUUAAUGAAGGAGGUAAUGGAAGAUCUUCUUGAUGAUGAAGAUCAAGUGAAAGAAUCGACACCAGAGCUGCAACAACAAAUGUCAAUGGAUGAGAUUAUAAAAUACGAAGUUACGGAUGUAGCCUCGGCACCAAAAGCAUCAGAGGUAAAUGAUGUUCAAGAAAUUAGUUCAGUCAGUACAGUCACUACAACGACAAUAACAACCACAAAAACACUGAUUGAUGAUACAGGUUUCCAACAGCAAGAAUCAAUGGAAGACGACGUCGUUAUUGAAUAUGAUGUGAGUGAGACUCAAAACGUAGUAAUUGAACAAUUAACGUCCGAGGCAUCACCUACGGUAGAGAGCGUCCCCUACGUUCAACAAGAGUCCACUGAGGAAGACACAGUCAUCAAAUAUGAUGUCGAGAUUUCCAAAGCUGAAGGCGCUAGCUCUGAAAGCAUUGAAUCUUCUAUUGAAAGCUCUGAAACCUAUAUAAGCUCAGAAGGGAUUGGGGAAAAGGUCUAUGUUGAAAGCCCAGACAAUUCCAUAAGCUCAGAUGGGGUUGAGGAGAAAGUCACCACCAAAACAACGUUUACCACAACAACUUCUUCUACCACAGUCAAUACAACGGGUAAAUAAAACAGCUCCUAGAAAUGAUAAAAUCCGAAACCUUAUAAAAUCAUUUUACGGUUGUCGUUUGUGCAUAUAGUUGGGAACAUAACUGAUUUAAUGUUUGCUUUUUCUGUGUGUUUAGAUAGAUCUCUAUACCUAGCAUGUCUUUGCACUGUCAUACCUCAAACUCACAAUGCGUUUUAGGAAGUAGACUAAGCCCUUUAAUUAGAUAGAUAUUAUUCACCUCCUCUUCACGUUGCCAUAUGUAUUUCAUAGUGUGACUUAAUGUUACUAUGAAAACACAAGCAUUUUGACUCUGUUGUUGAAGAAACUGAAAUGUGAUAAUUUGAGAAUCUGCAUUAUUCAAUAUAUUCCCCCAAGUUUUUAUUUGUUUUCAGUUAGAAAUUCGAACUGUGCUUGUAGUUCUUUUGUCUUGUGUAUGUAGUACAUUUAGACCAUUCUUUGGAAUCCCCUAAUCAUAACCAAUAAAUUAAUGUCAUAACAAAAUGCCUAGUAAUGUACUAAAUCAACAAUUACAACAUAGAAUUGAUCCAUCAAUGAUAAACAUGCUUUCCAUCAGUACAGGGUGGUCCAAAAAAAUGGGACACUCGUAUUUCAAAAAUAGAUAUUGAUUUUCAUGAUGAAAACAUAUCAUAUUAUAUACCAGUGGAUAGGGAAUUUACUUAUCUUUAAUUUGGUAUAUCAUCAGUUCAAAUUUAUUAUAAUGUCUGUCAACCAGCGUCCAUAAUAUAAAUGAUGUCAUUUUCAUUUUAAAACGGAUUUUCCAAAACUUGCAAAAACCAUGAACCCCUACAUUUACUCAGUCCCUUAUUAAGGAUAGACUUGUUGAGUUGUGGAAUUCAUUGUCUCAACUGAAUUUCAAUGAUGUUUUUGACCAGAUAAGGCCAAAUUUGAGGGCUAUAAUUGAUCAAAAUGGUGGACAUAUUGAAUGUCUGUUUGUGUACAUAAAGUUGACAAAAAACUUGUUUUUUUGCAAAUUUUGGAAAAUCCGUUUUGAAACUAAAAUGACGUCAUUUAUAUAACAGACGCUGGUUGGCAGAUAUUACAAUAAAUUUGAACUUAUGAUAUACCAAAUUGAAGAUAAGUACAUUUCCUAUCCACUGG